UGCAGUACGCUACUUGCAUUGAGCUUCCGAGAGAGUCCUUCAUCGCUGCUCCGUGACAGAUAUCGCGUCACACAUCUCCUCGUUGCCUCGCGACAUCGUCACGCUUCGUCGCGAUAUUUGCGCGGCUACCCCGGCGUGACUGUAACGGGGUUUAGCAGGCCGUGGUCUUUUGCCAGCUCAGUCUCAUUUCGUCGAAGAAAUGUUCUACAGCACGUGAAAGUCGACAAGCUAUCGUAGAGUUUGGUGUAACUGCAAGCGCGCGCACCUUUUAGUAUACGCGCGAAGAAUCAGCAAUGCGCGUCUGCUAGUAUCCGCGUUAAUUAUCGGCAAUGCCCGUCUGCUAGUGCACGCGUUACAAGCCAACAAUGGCCGGGGCGGAGAGUCGGCCGCCUCCCCGGCGGGUGCAUUUGCAGCAGCAGCCGCUGGUGGUCACCACGACCGUUAUCCAGGCCGCUGCCGUAUUGAUCAUGUACAUCAUGGUGUCGCGCCAUCUCUCCAGCAUCGAACAGAUCGCAGUCGCCCUCACAGAGAGCAUCACGGAGCAGGCGUCCAACCAGGCGCACGACAUGCGGGUGCUGGUGGGCGCGCUGGAGAACCACACCUACUCCGUGGCCACUGCAGUCACAGAGCACGUGGCUGUGCAGACCGGUCAGCUGCGCCAGCUGGCAUCAGAGGUGCGCAACCACAGCUCCACAGUGCAAUCCCACGUGGCAACGGUCAUGGACGCGGUUGGAGAGGGGGGAGGCGGGAAAGGCGGGGACGACCUCAGCAAGGACCGGCUGGCGUCCAUCAUGGCGGCAUCCGCGCGGUCGCAGCGCAAGACAGAGGCGUUUCUCUCCAGCCUGCUCAGCAGCGUCAAGGCCAUCUCCAAGCAGAUAGACGCUCAGCAGGGAGGAGCAGAGGGCGCAGCGGCCGGCACUGUGAGCGCUGUCGGCAUAAGGGAGGCGGCAGCGGUUUCCAGGAAGCAGCUGCUCAUCCUCAAGUCCCUGCAGGAGUCAAUGGAGGAUCUCAAGUCAAGGCAGUCAACGGACUACUCCCCUCAGCUCAUUCGCAUCCUGGCAGUUCUUAAAGCCCUGGUGGCGCACAUCAAGGCCGCCACAGCCAACAGUGGCUUGGGGCUGGGCCUGGGCGAGCAGCUGCCGCAGCUGCCCUCGCUGGAUCUGGAGCUCCAGCCCCAGCUGUCAGCGCAGCAGGCGCACAACACGGAGCGCCUGCUGCACCAAGUGCUGGCGGAGGUGCGCAACAACACCCAGCUCGCCCUGCUGCUCCGCGCCGUUAGCACCCAAACCACCAUCCUCUCGCGCUUAGCUAAGCGCUUCUCCUCCCUCCAGGCAGCGGCCUUCGUAGGCUCUGCUACUGGCGGGGUCUCCGCACCCCCCCCUCCUGCAGGGGCUGGUUCCGAAGCAGCAGGUUCGGGCUCGGCACUGAAAUCCCUACAGGGGGUGGUAACCCUGGUGUUACAAAACUCCCAGAAGCACAUGGCGUCGUUACGAGAGAUGAAGAGGAUGCUGACCGGGACGGAAGGGGAGCGCGGGGCGACAUUCUCCCUGCCUGCCAAGACGUACGAGGUGGUGAGGGACAGCUCACACGCCGUGCAGCAGCUGCCCGUGCUCCUCAUGCAAGUGAACAAGAAGCUCCAGAGCAUUGUGAUUGGCGGUGGGGCUGCGGCAGGGGGAGGGGCAGGAGGACGAGGAGGGGGCGUAGGAGGAGGAACAGGAGCAGGCACGCAGCAGCAGUCAACGGUGCAGCAGCAGGUGGUGUCAGUGAUUGACCCCCCCAAGCUGAGCGGCAGGGCAGCGCGGCACGAGCGACUGAAGCAGCUGAUGGCCCAGGCGGCUGCUGCGCGCGCGGCUAAGGAGCAGCAGGCAGCCGGCAAGCAGCAAGAGGCGGCAGCAAAGCCCAAGGAAGAGGCGGGUAACCAGCAGCAGCUGGGGGGAGGGGCUGGGAUACAAGAGGGGGCAGGGCAGCAGCAGCAGGGAGGUCGGCAGCAGCAGGAGGGGACAGGCAUGGGAGUUGUGGCAGUAGGGGCGGAAGCAGGAGGAGGGGGAGGGGGAGGGGGGGGGCAGGGGCGGGGGCUAGGGGGGAGGGCGCAAGGAGGAGAGGGUAGUGGUGAUGGUGCUGGUGGCGGCGGUGCUGCUGGUGGUGGCGGUGCUGCUGGUGGUGGCGGUGCUGCUGGUGGUGGCAUUGCUGCUGGUGGUGGCGGUGCUGCUGGUGGUGGCAUUGCUGCUGGUGGUGGCAUUGCUGGUGGUGGUGGCGGUGGUGGUGGCGGCAGUGCUGCUGGUGAUGGCUCUGAUGGUGCUGGUGAUGGUUCUGCUGGUGCUGGUGAUGGCUCUGAUGGUGCUGGUGAUGGUUCUGCUGGUGCUGGUGAUGGUUCUGCUGGUGCUGGUGAUGGUUCUGCUGGUGCUGGUGAUGGUUCUGCUGGUGCUGGUGAUGGUUCUGCUGGUGCUGGUGAUGGUUCUGCUGGUGCUGGUGAUGGUUCUGCUGGUGCUGGUGAUGGUUCUGCUGGUGCUGGUGAUGGUUCUGCUGGUGCUGGUGAUGGUUCUGCUGGUGCUGGUGAUGGUUCUGCUGGUGCUGGUGAUGGUUCUGCUGGUGGUGGUGAUGGUUCUGCUGGUGCUGGUGAUGGUUCUGCUGGUGCUGGUGAUGGUUCUGCUGGUGGUGGUGAUGGUUCUGCUGGUGCUGGUGAUGGUUCUGCUGGUGCUGGUGAUGGUUCUGCUGGUGCUGGAGCUGGCACUGCUGCUGCUGCUGCUGCUGCUGCUGCUGGUGCAGCAACUGACGCUGCAGGGAGAAGGGGUGGCGAAGGGGAGGAGAGGGGACAAGGAGAGAGGGGAAGGGAAGCAGGAGAUGGGUCCGGAGGCCAGGAGCAAGUGGGAGGAGGGGAGGAUAAUGAGGGGGUGGGAGACAGGGGGAGGGGGGAAGGUGGGGCGGAUGGCGAGGAUGGGGGCGAGCAACGGGCGGCGGGGGAAGGAGAGGGAGCAGGGGCAGGGGACGGAGAGGAGAAUGGAGCAUCAAAGGGAGGGGAGGAAGGAGAAGGCGGAGCAGCAGGAGGAGGAACAGCAGCGGGAGGAGGGAGGGUGGUGCCGAUAGAGUGGGCGAAGCCAGAGGAGAUGGACAGCGAGAGGGCGCAGCUGGUGUCGAUGCUGAAGGCGCGGCGCGAGGAGGAGGCGGGGCGGGGCAGCGAGGACAGCGGGGUGAAGGCGAGCGACAGCAGGGACGAGCCGCUGAGGCACAAGAGGAGGCGGAAGAAGCACAAAGCGGGGGAGGGGAAGGGGGGGCGGGGGGGGCAUGAGGGGGCUGGGGGGGAGAGGGGGCAGCAGGGUAAGAGCGGAAGGGAGGAUGGAAGGGCAGGUGGCAUAGCGUCGAGGGAGAAGGGGGGAGGAAGAGGAAGGGAGGGAGGAGGAAGAGGAUUGGUCGGAGGAGGAAGUGGAGGGGAGGGAGAGAGCAAGAGGAGGCUGGGAGAGGAAGACAGUGCGAGGGGAACUCAGGGGGGAGAAGGAGCAGGGGAGGCAGGAGGAGGAGGAAGAGGAGGAGGAGGGGCGGGAGGAGGGGCGGGGCUGGCAGGUGGGCAGGGCAGGAGGAAGCGCAUCCCCAUGGAGCAGGCGGAGGAGCAGCGCGAGCAGCAGCGGCUGAGUGCCCGCACGGGGCUGCGGUUGAAGAGCAUGGGCAUCGAGGAGCUGCUGAGCCUGGACGACGAGGAGGAUGAGGAGGAGGAGGGUGGAGGAAGGGGUGGGGGAGGGGGAGAGGGAGAUGGAAGGGGACGGGAAGGGGGAGCAGUGGGGCAGCAGGGGCAGGGGAUAAGGAUGGGGGUGAGGAGUGGCGGCGGGGGUGCGGGGAAGGCGAGUGUGGGGAAGGCGAUUCUGGAUGAUGCGGAGAGCGCGGAGGAGUGGCGGGAGCCCAUGCCCGCGCAGGGGUACAUUCCCCAAGGGCCGUAUGCCAACGCAUCGGAGUGGCGGCAGCGAGUGCUUGCAGGCAACUCAGUGUUCACGAGGUUCAGUGGCUACCGUGUGGGCGCCCGCAAGCUGGUGGGCAUUGGGGUGAUUCCACGACCAAUGAAGGGGCGGAUGGCAGUAGAGCAGUGCGGGUGGUUCGGCCCCAAUCUCUCAGCACUGGACUGCACGGCCAAUGUCUCGUACUCUCUGGGCCAGCAGACCUCCAAGCACACAGAGGCCGUUAUUGAAGCUGCUUUUAACGAGGAUGUGCCCAACACUGGAGGCUUCCUCGCAGUGCGCAUUGAAGGCACAGACUUUGUGCUCUACAGGGAAUCUCCCCUCUCCUUCCCCACCACCUCCCCCGGCUCCGCCUUCCCCUUCCACUCGGCGCUCUGCCUGCUGCCCUCGGCGCCCAACGCCUCAGUGCCCAUGCACCUGCUGCGCGAGACAGUGGAGUACCACCGCCUGCUGGGGGCGGCAGUGGUGGCGCUGUACGACAGCGGCGCGUGGCACCCUGUGGAGUUCAGGGAGCGGUUUCACGAGGACAUGGACCGCAGAGUGGUCAGGGUGACGGAUUUCAAGGGAGUGCGGCGGUUUGACCUGGAAAGAAACGGGCAGGUGCUAGCGAUGCACGACUGCCUGCACCGCCACGCCUUCACGGCGCGCUGGGUCAUCCCAGCGGCAGUCAAUGAGUUCCUCUUCGUCGGCCUGCCCCCCGCCUCCAUCCCCUCCUUCCUCGACCCCUUCGCCUUCCCCCCACCCCCCUCUGAAAACUCCCUCGCCUCCGACCCUCACCUCGACUCCGCCGCUGCUGCCGCGGCCGCUGCAGUAACCACGGCGGGAGGCUCGGCGGCCGCGGCUGCCGAGGCUGCGGCGUACGUUCGGGCAGUGCCGUGGGUGACGGUGGGGAGCCAGUGGUGGGCGACAAGGCUGUGCUCGCUGCCGUUCCGAGUGGCGGAAGGGAUGGCGUUCUCCCUCGAGCGCAUGGUGUUCCGCUGGCCAUACCCCGUGUGCCACGACCGCGCCAAGUACCCCGACCCGCACGUUUGUGUUGGAGAGGCGGGGUUCAGACGAGUCAUCAUGGACCCGAGAAAGAUCUCGGCUCUAGGCCUGCAUGAGGCGGUGUCCCCCUCCCGCGUGCGGGGGGUGCACGUGCGCACGACUGUGGCCAACUUCAACCACCUGCAGGACGCCAUCAUGAACCCCGAGGGGUGGUGCCAGCAGACCCUGCUCAAGAAGGAGGUGCCCGAGUUCUAUGUGCGAGACGUGUAUCUCAGGGAGGCGGCUCAGUCCAUCAGGGCUGGCCGCGUCUGUGACUUCAGCAGGGGGCAUUGUAUCCCUGGGCCGGAUUAGUCAACGCAUCUGCAACACGCCAACUGCAACCAGCUUCCAAACCAUCUGCCAAGCAAGGCAGCAUUGUUUGCCAUUGCGUUUCCAGCCAUCUGCCGAGCUGGCCAGGUCUUUCCUCGGUAGUGUAAUGCACUUGGUGCACACUGCUUUGUCACAUACAGGCAAAACGGCAAUCAGGGUCCUUCCUGGGCCUUUUGCAAUAUGUAAUUUGGCAGACAUGCCCUACAGGCUCGUGUGACCCUCAGACAGGCGAGUUUUCAUUCCUCGCGUGAGUACGAAAACUCGCGUGGGAGAAUCGCGUGAGUGUACGAAAUACGCGAAGACUACAACAGCGAGGAUUACCGAAUCAACACUGCUACAGUACCCCAGUUGAUUUACACAGAUUGACGACACCUCACUGAGGUUAUGAAAGGGCAACGGUCGCAGACCGUUGACCAUGCAACACAACAGCCAAAAUCGCAAGAGUCAAGAGUUAACGCGACAGCGAGAACAAAUAACCGUCCUGAUAUUACAGUAUAGGUGGUUACCCGAGUCGCCUUAUCGAAUCGUAAAAAGGGAAUGCACCCCUCGAAGUGGACAAACAGUUAGACUCUUCAUACCCUCUUGUAUUAUUAUAUAAAGCUUGUAUCCCUUU